AUGGAUCUCAAAAGGAGGAAGAAUGGAAAGGAAAACGAAGUUGGAGGUGCAAUUAACAAAUUACCAGAGGAUCUACGUUGUCACAUCUUGUCUUUCCUCUCAACAAAAGAUGCAGCUUUAACAUCGGUUCUGUCCAAGAGCUGGCGAGAUUUGUUUACAUUAAUACCUAGUCUUGAUCUUGAUGACUCCACCUUUAUGCCUGAUGAAAGACCCGAAGAAUGCGAACGGACUAGUUUCAUGGAGUUUGUGAACAGAGUUCUUGCUCUUCACUCCAAUUCUCCCAUUACGAAAUUCUCUGUCAGAUGCCAUAAAGGUGUAGACAGCUAUCUUGUUGGGGACUGGAUAGUGAAAGCUCUGAGGCGUGGAGCAACAGAUGUUACCUUAAUAUUACUCUUCCCUUCGCGCCUACUAUACACAUGCACUCAUCCUAAUAUCUUCUUCCAUGGCCAAAACUUGAUUAAGUUAAAAGUAGGAUGUGGAGGACUCGGUCCAUUCCAACACAGUUUGUUUCGUGAAGACGUUAUCUUUACAAAACUUAGAACGUUGCAUCUCAAUUCCAUUGAUAUCAGUCGUCAUUAUGGAGAUGUCAUAUUUGCUCGGCUCCUAUCUAAAUGUCCCGUGCUUGAGGAGUUGAUUGUAAAUUGUAUAAAAUGGCACGGUUGGAAAUCGGGUGCAUCAGUGUCUUCCUCGACCCUCAAGAGACUAACUAUUGAUUGUGAACAUUAUUACCAUGAAUCGGACUAUAUGUUACGGCACGGUCCAGAUGAGGAAGAUAGUGAUAACCUUGGAGAGCCCCUGGUCGUACCCGCUCACUUUGGUACCCAGAAGCCUCGCUAUGUUUCAUUUGAUACUCCAAACCUCAUCUACUUAAACUACGCAGAUUUUGUUGCGUUGAACUAUCCGCUUGUCAAAUUGGAUUCACUCGUCGAAGCUAGGCUCGAUGUUGGACCGAACCAAGGUCAGAUGCGUGCAAGAGAUUCAGACGAAUUUCAAGCUCCUUGGGAUGCCACCAAUCUUAUCAUGGGAAUACAUAAUGUCCAAACCCUGCACUUAACUUCUGAUACGCUUGAGGUGAUUGCAGACUUUUGUAAGAUGGUUCCGGUAUUCCACAAUUUGAAUCAUUUAUCUAUUGAAAGUGACGAUGAACGAGGAUGGCAUGCCUUGCCUCUCUUGCUCAUCAACUGCCCCAGUCUACAAACUCUCGUCUUCCAUGGUCUGUACCACCGUGUCACGGAUGGAUGCGGAGAUGCUUGUGACUGUAUCUCUCCUUGGUCUUCUUCUUCGUGUUUAUCAUCUUGUCCUGUGAAGAUCUUGAAUAUAUUAAACUUUGGUGCAACUUGUGGAGAGAUGUCAUUAGUCAAGCAUUUCCUCAAGAAAAUGCCUUUGCUUGAACAACUGGCCAUCGUAUUAGACUUGGAUGCCUCCUUAGAGGAGGACUUGCAUCUCUCUCAAGUCUUCGAGGAUCUGAGGAUGGCCCCGAGAGCUUCACCAAAGUGCAAGUUGGAAGUCGUUAACUAUUAG